AUGUUGGCCUGCAAGCAGUCCAUGCCGGUGCAGCAGGGCAACAUCAUCACCACGGUUUGCAGAGGGCCCGUGGGCGGAGGAGCAGGCGGAGCGCGGCCGCCUCGGGGGAGGUGCGUCUGCGUCUCGUCCCCCGAGUCGGCGGAAACGGCUCCUCUUCCCCCCGAGUGCGACGCGGCGCUCUGCUACGGCUCUUGCGGCCGCCAUGUUCAACUCGAGGACAUGUUCGCCGCCUACUGCCACCCGCAGCCCAUCCCGGCCCCCUCCCGGCUGCCGCCGCCCCCUCUGUCGGCGACGUACCACCUGGCGUUGCCUCGCCUCGACUCCUCGGUCAGCGAGACGUGCCUGGACGCCAAACAGCUGCUGCGGUGCUGCAACCUCAACUGCUCCUGGAUCAGCUCGCCGCCGCGCGGCGGGGAAGAGGGCCGCGUCGGAACCGUCGCGACUCGGGACGCGGGGUCGAUGACGGCGGCCAAAGAGCUGAGGGACGUCGGCGUGCAGACGCGACUGACGGCCAAGCCUCAUGUUUUCCCCCGGAUAUACCUGGCGGCGGAGGAGGAGGAGAGCAGGAGGUCCUGUAGCAAGACUGCCAAGAAGCCCGGCGGUGCUCCCAAGUCACCGGUGAAGGAGGUGAAGUGGGACGAGGAGGGGAUGACGUGGGAGGUGUACGGGGCCUCGGUGGACCCGGAGGAGCUGGGCGUGGCCAUCCAGAAACACCUGGAGCUGCAGAUCCAGGAGACGGCGAGCCACGCGGCCAAGCUGCAGCGGCAGGACGCCGCCGCCGCCGCCGCCCAGCCGGUCGGGAACGGCGGCUGUGAGAGGAAGAGGAGCCGGAUGAUGGGCUCCAUCCGGACGCCGGCCUGCUGCGCUCGCGGCACCACGGCCGUCGACUGACCGGGCGGCCGGAACCAGAACUUCUGAUGAAGACGGCCCAACUGAGAUGGAAUAAUAAACGCCACGAGUGACCGAUGGAAAAGGAUCGAUACGACGUGGCGAUUAAAGAUUUGCGGUGAGAGAAAGGGGAAAUAAAAAGCGCAGAGGAGGAAGGAAAACGAGAAAUAAGCGGGAACAUUAUAUUUCAUCGUUUGAUUUUUGUCAAACGGUUUAACGUUUCAGGUUUUGGAGUCGGGAUUCCUGCAGCUGUCGUCGUAAUAAACUAGUUAGACAUACAUACCAUAAUGAGUCGUGGCUUAUGGCUGCAGGGAAGAGCACAAGUGGCACAUGCCAGUAGACACUACAUGUAUUCACGGCUACGUCAUAAUAACUCACCAAUGAAGAGUUAAACCCUGAUAAAAAUGGUACAAUAAAUUAAACAAUAACAAAUAUGCUAAUAAUUCAAUUUAAUUAAAUGAAUUAAAGUAAGUAAAAAAAACAUGUGUAUUUAAAAAUCCAAAGCAGAAACAUUCUCAAACACCUGACGGGGUCGCGACCCUCGGGUGAGUUGCAGGAGAUUUUGUAAUAAAAAAAUUAUUUAUAUAUAUAUAUAUAUUAUUCUUAUUUAUUUAUUAUUUUAGUCCUCUGUAUUGUCACUUCUUCCAUUUGUGCAAACAUACAGAAGAUCUGAAAGUGUGUUUCUCUCUUGUCCAACAUAAAGUGAUUUUAAUAAUAAUAAUAAUAGUGAUAAAGUGCAAAAAAGCUAACAACAACAACAGAGAAUAUUUACACAACAAAUUAUAAAUUAAAAACCAUUUAAAAAAACGAGCAGAAUUUCAUCUGUCGUCUUUUAUUGACACAUUUCUCUCGUCCACACUCAAGCCCCAUGGGUGAAUGUUUGGAUUAUUCUUAUAAUUAUUUAAUCUUAAUUGGAAAAAGUGGAGAAGUGGAUCCCCAGAAAACCGAUUUUGGGAGGAACCGAUCUACGAUAUCACGUUAAUAAUCAUCGUGGGGUGAAAGGAACGCGAUGCAGACGACUUUAAUCACAUUCAUAUGAUCCAGCCGUGAUUCAUAAAGCCACAAAUGAUGAAUGUUAAUGAAAUACAGCGAGCAUCGGACAAAUGUCAGAAACGCUAUGAAUGAAAAAUAAAUCAUUUAAAUGAUAUGACACACACAUUUGAUCCAGUAGCCCUCCGAAAAAUCAUAUUUUAGGUACUUUUCUUUUCAUAAUUCCAUCCCGUUUUCAUUACAAAAGAAACCUUGUGUUCAUGAAACGUGUGAAUGUGAUGAACAAGUUAUCAGGGUUUUAUUUUGUGUAAAAAAAGUUUUACGUUUCCAAUAUAUUAUACUCCUGUAUAUAUUGUAUCGCGAUGAUUUACAGAAAUACGCUUCCUUCAGGGAUCCUCUGGGACUCACUUGUACCGUCGCUGCUCUUGAGCACCACUGCAGUGUGUAGUGUGUGUGUGUGUGUGUGUAGAGGCCUCCGUAACACACACAGGAAGUAACGGCCGGCGUCACUAUACGUGUUUGUCGGUUGAAAAGUCUCGUUGUCUAAAGUGAGUCGAGCUAUUCGAGUGUCCGAAUCUUAAAGCCAGCAAUAAAGGACUGAACCUC